UCUCGAGCUGAGCAGGUUAACUGGUCUCCCAGGGGAAUCAUCCGAGGACCAAGGGACGUUGAAGCCAUGGACAAACCAAUUGUCUGGGCACGUGUCGUGAAGGUGCUCGGCCGCACCGGCUCCCAGGGAUAGUGCACCCAAGUGAAGGUGGAGUUCCUUGGCGAACAGAAUCGCCAGAUCAUCCGCAAUGUCAAGGGACCCGUGCGCGAGGGCGACAUUUUGACGCUGCUCGAAUCGGAGCGCGAGGCUCGUCGUUUGCGUUAGGAGGAGUGGAGCAGACUAUUCAACUAUAUCCCAGCCGCUUGUUUGGAAUUUGGACUUAAACGAUCACUCAGUAGUAUUUAAGUAUAUGCAUUUUUGCGCAAGAAGUUUUCGCGAGGUUUCUUGGCGAAUGCAUGCAUAUAGAGCUCCCAAAAAAAGAAAAACGUGAAUAACAUAGAAAUUAGUUUACAUCAGAUAUUCAUGCUUAAAGCUGCAUAAUGGCUUACAACAAUCUAUCACACACAAAGCUGCAUAAUGGCUUACAAUCUAUCACACUUAAAGCUGCAUAAUGGCUUAAACAAU